GAGCGGUCACACUAUUCUUCAAUCAACAAAACAAAAUAAAUUUUAUAAUUACUUUUUUCAACAGUAAAUUGCAUCGCCGAAUAAAAUUUAAAAACAUGGAUGGGGAAAUCUGUCGAGUCUGUUUGGAGCCUUCGAAAGGCAUGGCAUGUGUUUUUGAUGUUAUUGGCGUUUUGGAUAGAAGGAUUUCCAUAGCGGCUAUGAUAUCCCAGUGCACUGGAUUUCGUGUUUCUAGAGGGGAUCCUUUUUCCAAAACCAUAUGCUCAUCCUGCCAGCAGGAUGCCAGAAAUGCUUACGAGAUAAAACAACUUUACGAGACGAGCCACAGGGUCUUCUGCCAAAUGGAAAAGGAUAUCAAGGGAGAGGUGGACAUAUCCGGCUACGAGGACACAGAUACGGAAACUGAAAAGGCACCUGAAAAAAUGAAAACUAAUUUUGAGAUAUAUAAAAUAGAGAAAAUAAGAGCAGAUGAUGGCAGAGUGGAAAACGAGCCAGUUGAAGAAGACAUUUCGGAUUAUGAGGUGGAUCUUGACUUGCAAGUCAAAACUGAGGAAUUUCAGGAAUAUUUAACAGAUGAAGAACGUAAUGAUGAUCGUGAGAACACAGCAAAACACCCACACAAGUGUUCUUACUGCCAAAAAUCCUUUUCACAAAAAGGCAAUCUUGAGCUACACAUUCGUACCCACACCGGAGAACGUCCGUACACGUGUUCUUACUGCCAGAAAUCCUUUGCCCUAAAUUGCACCCUUCAGAAACACCUACGGACUCACACAGGCGAACGCCCUUACCAGUGUUCCCGCUGUGAGAAGACCUUCAAGACAAUAGGACCUCUGCAGACCCACAAGCGGACCCAUACAGGAGAACGUCCCUACAAAUGCUCCGAUUGCCCAAAGACCUUUUCACAAAAUCAUCAUCUUCAGGAUCACAUGCGAACGCACACUGGCGAAAAGCCUUACAAGUGUUCCCAGUGCCAGACGUCCUUUUCCCACAAGCAAAGCCUGCAGCGACACAUCAAAGCCCAUGCAGGAGAACGGCCUUACAAGUGUUCUCACAAGUCCUGCAAGAAGUCCUUUUCCCGUAUUGAUAGUCUCCUGGAACAUAACCGAAACCACACAGAAGAGAGGCCUUUCAAGUGCGGACAAUGUCAGCAGGCUUUUAGUUUAAAGCGAUAUCUUCGGUUACAUAUUAAAACGCAUAAAGUGAAUUAAAAAGCAAGGCUUUAAAAAUUGUAAGAUAUGUGAAUAUGUACAUUACAGAAACAAUUUAUUGUAACAGUUUUUUAUAGAUUGGUUAAGGCAUGAUUUUUGUGAAUUAUAAAAACAUUUGAAAUUGUUUUAUUUUUGAUUAUUGAAGAGAAUUGAAACUUUGGUAAAGAAUAAAUAAUUAUUAGGUUUUUAGUAGGCAAAUUUAUGUAGAAAUUGUUUAUUAUGAAUUGCUAACCCGGCUAU